GGCGGCUGCCGGGGGAGGCGGCGGCCUGGCCUGGCCUGUCAGGGCGCGGGCGGUGGCGGUCCAGCACCAUGUCCCUGCCGUACGGGACGGAGGAUGCACCCCUCACCGGGAGUUACAGCGCGGCGGAUUCUUUACCAAAGGCCUUCGGCUACAGUGUGGAGGAGGAGGAAGAGGAGGCGGCAGUCGCGGGCGGUGGAGUUGGGGCCGGGGCCGGCGGAGGCUGUGGCCCGGGGGGCGCUGACAGCGCCAAGCCAAGGAUCCUACUCAUGGGGCUCCGGCACAGCGGCAAGUCUUCCAUCCAGAAGAUAUGGGAUUUUCCUGGACAAACGGACUUUUUUGACCCAACAUUUGAUUAUGAGAUGAUCUUCAGGGGAACAAGAGCGUUGAUAUAUGUCAUUGAUGCACAGGAUGACUACAUGGAAGCUUUAACAAGACUUCACAUUACCGUUUCUAAAGCCUACAAAGUGAACCCAGACAUGAAUUUUGAGGUUUUUAUUCACAAAGUUGAUGGUCUUUCUGAUGAUCACAAAAUAGAAACACAGAUGGACAUUCAUCAAAGGGCCAAUGAUGAUCUUGCAGAUGCUGGACUAGAAAAACUUCAUCUUAGCUUUUAUUUGACUAGUAUCUAUGACCAUUCAAUAUUUGAAGCAUUUAGUAAGGUGGUACAGAAACUCAUUCCACAACUGCUGACCUUGGAAAACCUAUUAAAUAUCUUUAUAUCAAACUCAGGUAUUGAAAAAGCUUUUCUCUUCGAUGUUGUCAGCAAAAUCUACAUUGCAACAGACAGUUCCCCUGUGGAUAUGCAAUCUUAUGAUCUUUGCUGUGACAUGAUUGAUGUUGUAAUUGAUGUAUCUUGUAUAUAUGGGUUAAAGGAAGAUGGAAGUGGAAGUGCUUAUGACAAAGAAUCUAUGGCAUUUAUCAAGUUGAAUAAUACAACUGACCUUUAUUUAAAAGAAGUGACUAAAUUUUUGGCACUGGUCUGCAUUCUUAGGGAAGAAAGCUUUGAACUAAAAGGUUUAAUAGACUACAACUUCCACUGUUUCCGUAAAGCUAUUCAUGAGGUUUUUGAGGUGGGUGUAACCUCCCAUAGGAGCUGCAGCCACCAGACAAGUGCCCCGAGCCUGAAAGCACUGGCCCACAACGGCACGCCAAGAAAUGCCAUCUAGCCUGAGACCCAGCGGCUUGGGCUCAGGGCCACAUUGCGCUCUCCUCCAGGCUCAGAUGUCACAUGCUCCAGGACACGGGAGCUGUUGCAUGUGGAAACCUGGUGACUAUCCCACUAGAGACAAAGGGUAGAGUUUCUCAUUUGGAUGAAAACCCCUUCAAACAGUGGUGUACAACUGAAGCUAUGAUUUCUUUUUUUAUUUAAAAAAAAGGUUCUAGAGACCACAGAACUCAAGUGUGUCUUUCCCCUCUUUUUUUGGGGGGUCCUCCUAUAGUAGCUGGGCUGUUUGGACGUGGAGAUGACAUGGUUAAACCUGUCUUUGCCAGGGAAUGUUGCCAUCAAUUACCAAUUGAGAAUAAUAGAAAAACAGAAUUUUUAUAUGCUUCACUAAAGUUUUCAUUUGAGUAGUCUCUAAAACCUCUGCCUUGCUUAAGUUCUAACACUGCCUCUCAGAUUGCAAUUUUGGACAUUGCACACCCAAGACCUUUUAAACGCAUUUGCUUGCUAUCUCAGAAGACGCAUAGUCUGACUGCAGCAAAAGACAUUCCUGUAUUUGUUACUGAAGAAAUGAGAGAAAAUUUUAUGCCGCAUCAGCUGGAGAACAAGACUCAACAGUGGCUACGUUUGUUCCCUUGGAGAAAACUCUGAAGAAAAUUUUUGCAUCUGUGUUUUCUGGGUACCUCAUGUCUG